UUUUGCAAGAAAGUCACGACAAAAUCUUAGUCUUUGGUCCAACGCAUUACAGCUUUCGUUCGUACGAGCACGAAUUGAACCUACCAGAAACCUGAUUCGUGUCCUCCCAACGCCAGAGAGAGGAGACUUAAGACGAAAUUCGAUACACCUCUCUCUCUCUCUCUCUCUCUCUCUCUCUCUAGAUUUUGGUUCUCUCCAUGCCUUCACGAAGGAGAACCCUCCUCAAGGUCAUAAUCCUCGGCGACAGCGGGGUGGGAAAGACCUCUUUGAUGAACCAAUAUGUGAACAAGAAGUUUAGCAAUCAAUACAAGGCAACUAUUGGAGCUGAUUUCUUGACAAAGGAAAUGCAGUUUGAAGAUAGACUCUUCACUUUACAGAUUUGGGAUACAGCUGGCCAAGAAAGAUUUCAAAGUCUCGGUGUCGCUUUCUACCGUGGUGCUGAUUGCUGUGUUCUUGUAUAUGAUGUAAAUGUCAUGAAAUCAUUUGAGAAUCUAAACAAUUGGAGGGAAGAAUUCCUUAUUCAGGCGAGCCCUUCAGAUCCGGAAAACUUCCCGUUUGUUGUUAUAGGAAACAAGAUUGACGUAGAUGGUGGAAAUAGUAGAGUGGUUUCUGAGAAGAAGGCUCGGGCAUGGUGUGCAUCAAAAGGGAAUAUUCCAUACUUUGAAACCUCAGCCAAGGACGGCAUCAAUGUUGAAGAAGCUUUCCAGUGCAUAGCAAAGAAUGCUCUGAAGAGUGGGGAGGAGGAAGAAAUAUACCUGCCAGACACCAUUGAUGUUGCAAGCAGCAGUCAGCAGAGGUCAACUGGAUGCGAGUGCUAAAAUCUAUUCUGAUUAUAUUUUGUUUCACCAUUCUAUUUUUUGUUUUUGUUUCCUGAUAAGAAUAAAAAAAACCCUUUGGAAAACUGUAUAAACCACGUCGCUACAUUUCUUUCUUUUAUAUGGUGCUACAGUGUACAUUAAUCUUUGCCUGGGGACCAAGUUGUUUUUUUGUGUGCUGGUUGAACUCUGUUGUAUGGUGUCUUCUGUGAGCUCUGCCUUUUUAUUUAUUUGUAGGGAAAAAACGUUGAGAAUUCUUUAAAUAUAAGUGAAUAUGCAAUCCAUCUCGCCAA